AACACACACAGAAAAAAAAGGUGUGUGUGUGUGUGAGAAUCGGCGGUUUGCACACUUCUCCACACACUCGCUUCUUUUUGGCUUCUUCGCAUUCCCAAUUCUACAUUUGAUUUGAUUGUUUACUUGAAUGGAACACAACAGGAAUGACAAUGAUGAAAUGUGGGACUGGAAAGGCGAAGAUUACGGUUUGCAACUAGAUGAAUCUAAUAGCCUCUGGAACAAUGUAAGCGAGAGUGGCGAUGAUCUUUCUUAUGUGUUUAAUGAAACAACCCCGGUGAAGUCUUGUGGGGAUUUGGCGUAUCAAGUUACUGAUAAUGAAAACAUAAACAAGGGAAUGGAGAUGUGUAGGGAAGCGUCUUCCCAAGCAAAGAGACGCCGAAUGCUGCAUUUUGAGGAUGAAGUUCUAGAUGUAGAUGUUCUUCCGCUUUGUGAUGAGGAUUUCUCAUCCACUUUUUUAAAGUCUAAGGCGAGGGAAGACUCGUUGGAUGGGGCAUUUUCUGAUAUGGCACAAUGGGUGUCUGGAUUUGCUGAUGAUAUGUCUGCAUCUGCAUCUGGUUAUGAUGGGUUGGAUCAAUCUUCAGACGGAUGGCUGGCCGAUUGCCUUGUAAAUGACUCGGGGAUGCAAUUUAUCCCUGAUGAUAUGAAUUUAUCUGGGACCUCCGAUAUUCAGAUCAAUCUUACAGAUUCGAAUAAUUUACAACCUGAGAAUGGAGGUAAUAUGGUGCCGGAACGCCACACUCCUACUCGCCAAAAUGUUAUUUUCAAAGGGAAAAAGUCUUUCAUUAAGACACCCACAAGAAUGACUUCUUCGGUUGUUCUUCCGUUUGCCUUCGUGAAACCAUGUGGUGUCCAAGGAGCAGUUACUCUUAAAGACAUAAACCAGAAGAUCCUCACUCCACCGCCAUCAAAAUCCAAGAAAACUUAUGAAGAUCCCACCAUAUCAUACCCGACCUCUGCUUUCUCUGGAAAGCCCAUCGUUGGUAAAACCAAAAUCCGCACAGAAGGCGGCAAAGGCAGCAUUACGAUCAUGAGAACAAAAGGAUGAUCAGAUAAGUGCUUCUUUCUUUUCCCCUGUAAUUGCUUCGGUUUUUCAUGGAGCUAUGGUUUUCUGUCACCAUGCCCGCGGUCUAUAGAAGUUAAAUUAAAUAGAAAGAUAGUUUUAUCUUCACAUAUGCAAGUGUUUGCAUCUCCAUUAGGUGGUAGAUUCCUGUUCUAUCCGUGAGUCGACCGGAAUCUAUUGGGAUCUUUUUGUCUAAAAGAUCCUUCUACCAUCCUUUUGUCCUUAGAAGAACUUUGACUAUGCUAAUUUGCUCAAUUAAUCUAUUUUCAACUUUAAA